GAGCCACCAAAUUAGUAAACAUUGUCAAGCUGCAAACAAUAUCUCCAGAAAUAAAAUAAAAUAAAUUAACGGUUAGAUUUUCUCAUUUUGGUAAGCACAAUAUUAUUAUUUUUUCUUAAAUUAAAUUAAAAUUAAAAACAAGUCUUCCUUGAUUUUGAGUCUUUUAAAAACGGCGACCAUUUCAAUGUCUACUCCUAUCAUCUCAUAAUCAUCAUCUUCAUCUUCUUCUUCGACUCCAAAAGAUCUUCGUCUUUGUAUUCCUUCAAUUUUCCACACACGAUUAUUAUUUCUUUUCUAUUAUUUUUUUGUGUGUAUAAACUAUAGAGACAGUGAGUAAAGAGGAUGGGGUGUUUUAGUAGUAAAGAAGGAGAUUCAAAAGCGAGUCGGAUCGUCAGGUGGCGAUCAACUGGCAUUGUUGCUCUUAGAGAUUCUAAAUUAAAGAUGUUUCCAAACGAGAUUCUUGAUAUGGACAGAGUUGUUCGCACUAUUGAUUUAACAAACAAUAAAAUAAUUGAUAUUCCUAUGGGUAUAAGCCGGUUAAUCAACAUGCAGCGCCUGAUCUUAGCUGAUAACCUUAUCGAGCGCCUUCCAGUGAACCUGGGGAAACUACAGUCUCUAAAAGUUCUCACACUUGACGGGAAUCAGCUGACUACUUUGCCUGAUGAAUUGGGCAUGCUGGUCAGGCUUGAGCGACUGUCCAUUUCAAGAAAUUUAUUGACAGGUUUGCCUGAAACUAUCGGAAGCUUGCGCAGUUUGUCGCUGUUAAAUGUAUCAAAUAACAAAUUACAGUCGCUUCCGGAAUCAAUAGGGAGUUGCUUCUCUAUGGAAGAAUUACAAGCAACUGACAAUUACAUUGAUGAGCUACCUUCAUCAGUUUGCAAUCUCGUUCACCUGAAGUCUCUAUGCUUAGAUAAUAAUGAUGUCAAACAGAUACCUCUAAAUCUAUUGAAAGACUGCAAAGCCUUGCAGAACAUUUCUCUUCAUGAUAAUCCAAUUUCAAUGGAUCAAUUCCAACAGAUGGAAGGGUACCAAGAGUUCGAAACGAGGCGGAAAAAGAAGUUUGACAAGCAGAUUGACUCAAAUGUGAUGAUGAAUUCUAAGGGCCUUGAUGUUGGUGUUGACUCUUAAAAUUUCUGAUUGCAUUCCUUGUAAAGAAGGCAUGACAGAUAAUGGAUGAAAUAUAUUCAUUUGCAGAGAGCAUAAUACUGAAUUUGGCUGCAAUAAUCUUGGUAAUAUCCUGAAGCAAGAGGAGCAGCAUCCGGUUGCCAAUACAUUUUUUUUUACUUUUUUCAAGUUUCAUAUUGUACAUCUAUUUAAACGAAUUCACCAUUCUGUAAAUGGUUAAUAUAUAAUUGGUAUUAUUGAUAG